AUGAGCGCUUCUGUGGUGACUGUGGACAGCGAUGACACACCGGAUGUUGUGAUCUUCUUCAUCAAGCUGGGCCUUGAAAUGCCGAAGGUUCGCAUUGAUCAAUUGGCCAAAACGGCCGUGGAAAAGGGCGCCAUGGUGGUUCGAGAUUUUGAGGCGCCGCCAUCACAGGAGGAGUUGCAGAAGAAUCGAAAGACCCGAAAGCGGCACCGACAGUUGGAAGGGCUCCCUCGUCCCACGCAUCUUGUCGUGGACGACGCCGUAAAGGCAGAUAGAGUAGCCAAGCUGUUGAAAUUCAAAUCUGUAGAAGCAUUUGAGCAGUAUCUUCGAGCGCACGGUAUGCAAUGUGCGCUGCCAAUUUGGAUUAUUCAGACCACGGGGAUGCUCCGGGCUCAGCUAGGUCGAGAUCAGCGGUGGUGGAAGGUGGAUCUUUUUGGUUCCAACAAGGCAUCUUCAAAGGCCACUGCCAAAAAGCCCCAGUCUUUGGAGGAAGCGGGCAAUCCUGGGAGUGACAAUGAAGAGGAAGAGAGAGGCAAGAACCGCCGCUUUCCACAGAAUAUGAUGAUUGCCGACCAAUUGCGCAUCAUGGCGAAACUGCACCAAAAGGCGCCAAUCGACCGGCUGCGUGACCCGUGGAAGUCUUAUUCCUUGGACAAAACGGCGGGACGGAUCCAGAAUUUGGAUUUUGAAGUCAAUACUGAUACCUUGAAGCUUGUGGAGAAAAUCAACGGCAUCGGCAAAUCCACGCUGGGAAAAAUCGAGGAGAUCUUGUCGACUGGAACUCUGGAGCGCAUCACUGUGUUUCAGACGCUGGACAAAGAUCGUGUGGCCAUGAGAGAAAUGAUGGCAAUAUGGGGUGCUGGGAGCAAGAAGGCAACAGAUCUGGUCAAGCAGGGAUACAGAACCAUUGAGGAUGUCCGUCGGGGGCUUGAGAACCAAGAACUUAAGCUCGAGAGAAACCAAAAGAUUGGAGUCCAGUGUUUCGAGGAUUUUCGUGAGCAAAUGACUAGAAACGAAGCGGAAGCCAUUGGGAACAUCAUUGAGCAGGCAAUUCGACGUCGGUUUGGGCGGUCUGAAGACAAGCUUGAGAUUACCAUCAUGGGGAGUUACCGUCGAGGCAAGAAGGAAUGCGGAGAUGUUGAUUUGAUCAUCACGCACAAGGAUUACGUCAAAACAGUUCCUCCUCUGGUCUUGGGUGAGGUGGUCGAAGUACUAUUGGAUGAGGGGCACAUGGCCUUUCAUUUGACCUUUAUUGCCGGGAUGAAAGUACGCCGGAAGGGCGACACAAAGGAAGGGGGUUACAACUACAGCGACGACAACCCACCCAAACCGAAACCCGGUAAAGAAUCAGGGUCGUCAUACAUGGGUGUCUUCCAUUCCCCCACUGUGCCCGGAAAACGGCGACGAGUCGACAUCAAGUUCUACCCGCACCGUGAACGAGCCUUUGCCUGGAUUCAUUUCACGGGUUGUGGCUUCUUCAACCGAUCAAUCCGCCUGUAUGCUGAUGUGAAGCACAACCUGCAGUUGAGUGAUCAUGGGAUCUUCAAGAGGGGGGUCGGCGGUGAAAAGGGGAAAAGACUACUUGAAGAUGCCAGCACAGAGAAGGACGUCUUUGACUUUCUCGGAUUGGAGUACAAGGACCCCCAUGAACGUGAUUGCCAUGAUGCAGUCGUGUAUGACGAUGGAUUAGAUGAAGCAACGGGACAGAAGCUUAUCAAUAGGGACUUUGAAAAGUUCGCAAGAGGAGACUGCAAAUGGAUCGAAUAG